GAAGGACGACAGCUGUCAGUCUGCUGCACAAUAUCCCUGCUGCUUAUGGAUAACUGUGAGGGGCACACAUUUCUUCUGCUUUGGAAAGUUCUCUUCACAGGAUUUGUCUGUCCAAACCUCCAUUUUUGACAUGAACGUCCAAGAAAAGCUGUCCUGGUGGAUAGACGCCACACUCAGCUGUUAAAUCUGAUCAUGAAGGAGUUAUAAAAACCAUCAGUGACAUGUUAAUAUCAGCAACAUUUUGGCAGCUCAAUACUUUUUUUCUUCUUUGGAGGGACACCAGUCUCCCUUGAGUGACCAGGAUUCAUGUGAGCCAUGGGAGAUGGAGCCUCAAACCAGCCACACCACCUGGUUCAAACUGUGAAAAACAUCUGAAUGCUCCAAUAAGACUGAAACUGUCGAGCCGGUGGUGCAGAGGUGGAUGUUUCUGAGUUGUGAGUGUGACAGACAAGCGCAGCCUUGGAUCCGCAGUGGAACCACAGCCCGACCGGGUACCCGGCCUUCGGGCCGGAGAUGCUCCAAACCAGCAAUUACUCCCUGGUUUUAUUUAUUCAACUUAGCUUGCUCUCUUUUGACCUUUUCGUCAACUCCUUCAGCGAACUGCUGAGGAACGAGCCGGCAGUCCAGUUGGUGCUUUUCAUCAUCCAAGACAUUUCCAUCUUGUUCAACAUGAUCAUCAUCCUGCUGAUGCUCUUCAACACUUACGUCUUCCAGGUUGGCCUGGUUGCCAUUCUACUGGAGCGUUUCAGAGCCCUAAUAAUGCUCUCUGCUCUUUACCUGACCUUCAGCAUUAUACUCCAUUCUUGGCUUAUGAAUCUGCGAUGGCUCAACACAAACCUAUUUAUAUGGACGGACGGUCUUCAGGUUCUGUUUGUGCUGCAAAGAUCUGCCUCUGUGUUGUACUACUACCUGUACAAGAGAACCUCUGAGUAUCUGGGUGAUCCUCGUCUCUAUGAAGACUCCUUGUGGCUCAGAGAAGCCUUUGCCCGGAUCAGGCAAUGAACUUAUUGCAGAAAAAUUAUAUAUAUUUU